GCCUCCAAGAAGGGGCAACUGACGUUCCUCUUCAAGCGACAGGCACGACCUCGAGCCUGAGCGAAGACACGUUGCCACCAAUCGUGUCUCAGUACGUGCGCCACUACAUCGCGACAAAGGCGACCGGGGGCUUAUUGAGGGAAGCUACCGCCCUCGGGUACACCACCGAUCUCCUGCCACAGGGGAGACCCGCAGAGGCGGUAGACGCCGCCAACCAAAGGCUGAAGUCUUUGGAAAUGGUCGUCUCCGGCCAGCAUUGGACGACCGCACAGAAGGUGGAGGUCAUCCCUGCCCUGGACACCUCCAUGGAGCCACAGCUCUGGUUGAUCCUGGGAGAUUUGGCAGAUCACUGGGCCAACCAACCCACCGAUUCGCCCUAUCCGCCCAAGGCACCUGGUACCUUGGCGACGGGC